AUGCAUGAUUGUGACAAUAACAACAGAAAAACUGCUGGUGAAAGCAAUACACAGACAUCUAAUGAAUUGAGCGGUAAAACAGGCUACUUAUUACGUUCAGUGAUCAUUUACUUUCGUUCCAUGUCAACUGGUGAAGAAUCUUCACGUCAGACAUAUUCACAUGCUUUACAAGAUAUACUGAAGUGUAUUAUGAAUAAGAAAAUCAACCUUAUACAUUUUGAAACUAGACCUCCAUUCGCUUCAUUAUCUGCAUGUGAUGAAAAUGCUCAGUAUUCUUGUUUGGUUACCAUAGAAACAAGCAAAGAAGAAGAUCUAGAUUCCCUCUACAGUGAAUUACGCAGUUUUCGUUUUAUUUCUGCAAUAAAUAUAAUGAGUACAGAAAAAAACUCUGAAGUCUGGUAUCCGAAGCAUAUUUCUGAUCUGGACAACUGUCAGCACCUACUACUGAAAUUUGAACCAGAAUUACAAACAGAUCAUCCUGGUUUUCAUGAUCCAGUCUAUAAGGAAAGAAGAAAACAGAUCGCUGAAAUAGCUUUCAAUUACCGAUACGGUGACCCCAUACCUGAAGUUCAAUACACUGAAAAAGAAAUCGAAACUUGGGGAGCAGUUUACACAAGAAUGAAAUCUUUACAUAGCACAAAGGCAUGUAAAGAAUAUAUUGAAGGAUUUCAACUCUUAGAAAAAUAUUGCAAUUAUAAUUCAAAGUUUAUACCUCAACUCAGAACUGUCUCAGAAUUUAUGCAUAGAACGUCAGGAUUUCGUAUUCGACCUGUAGCUGGUUUAGUGACACCCAGAGAUUUUCUUGCAAGUCUGGCGUUUAGAGUAUUUCAAAGUACUCAGUACAUACGUCAUCAUUCAAGACCUUUACACACACCUGAACCAGAUUGUAUUCACGAACUAAUCGGUCAUAUGCCUAUGCUGGUAAACAGGAAGUUCGCUGAUUUCUCUCAAGAAAUUGGUCUUGCCUCAUUGGGUGCUUCAGAAGAAGAAAUCAGUAAAUUGUCAACAUUAUAUUGGUUUACGGUGGAGUUCGGUCUGUGUUAUGAGAAUGGUGAAACACGCGCCAUGGGAGCAGGAAUUAUGUCGUCCCCUGGUGAAUUAGAGAAUGCUUUCAGUGAGGAUUCUGUUAAAGCACCACUUGAUAUCAAUAAAGCAGCUGUACAAGUCUACGAUGAUGUUGGUUAUCAACAGAUAUAUUUUGUCACUCAAUCUGUUGAGUCAAUGAAACAGGCGCUUAGAAAUUAUUUGAACACCACUACAAAACAAACAGUGGCAGUUUAUGAUGCAAUUACGGAAACUGUUCACAUGAAGCCAAGAUAUUCUCUUCGACAAGACAUGUUACAUCAUAUCAAAGAUGAUAUUGAACAAUUACAUGUAUUGUGUAAUCCUGUAAAACCAGUAACAAUGACAAAAGCUACAUAAGAACAUGAGAAAGAAAUCUUUACUAACUUUCAUGUGUUUGUUCAGUGUCCAGUUUCUCAACUUUCAACAAUCACAGUUUCAUUAACUGAAAUAUUAUUUUGCAAAAACAUUCGAAUUUACUAAUGAGUAACGCAUCUUUCAAUUCUGUAACCGUUAAAAAUUACUUCGCAAUGUUUUUUCGCUUAAUUCAAGCAGUCUUAUCUACCGCUGCUCACAAAUAUAUAUUGAGAAUUUUUAUGAUGUUAUAUCUAAUUUCGGUAUUCUUCCAA